AGCACACCGAUUCCCUCACAUACGACCCCUCACGAGUACCUCGUUGUGAACUUUCGAGAUGACCAAAGCCUCAUCUGCGAUGUGAGUGCUAUCAGCGCUAAGUGUUUCAGCUUCGCUGGUGCUCAUCUCGAGUCGAGUUGUCAGAACUUCUCCUCGAUAUUCCGCGAGCUCCACCGUUUCAUCCCACACGAUUUCGGCCACAGG